ACAUUCAGCACCGUCACUUUCAUACCUGUUUCUUUCUGGAUCCCUGUACGUUGCUUGAAAUGUGAAGUCAUGGCAACAGCACAAGCCUGGCGACCUCAGCCUACCUCCGUGCAGAGUAGCUGUUACUCCCAUGGGUGGGACGGCUGUGUCGUUACUCUUCCACAGAGACAUUCAGCAGAGAUCUUCUGCUCUUUCUGCUGGGCUAGACUGCACGGAAACUUUGACCACAAGUAAAUGAAGGUUUUUGCGACACUGUUGGUACGUGGACUAGCAUUCCUGCAUUUGGACCCAUGGACACUGUAAAGUCUGAGGGAUCUCAGCCUGCCUACAGUCGCUGGUCAUACAGACCCUCCAGCUCUGCCAGCUUCUCCUCCAACUCCACAUCAAGCGGCCUUGAAGAUGACAGCGCCAGUCUUAUGCAACAGAAGCUGGAGAAACAGAGAGCACUGCUGGAACAGAAGCAGCGGAGGAAACGUCAGGAACCGCUCAUGGUCCAGCCCAACACUGAGGCCCGGCCCCGGCGCUCCAGGAUGCGGCGCGGUGAAGAACAGGCCCCGCUGGUGGAGUCCCAGCUCAGCGUUGCCAGCGAUGUCGUCAUGGGUGGUAUUGAUGGUCCAGCAGCUUUCCUGAGCUCAGAAACCCCUGAUCUGGGAAUGAAAAUCCAAAUCCUGUCAGUGAGCCAGACCCAUCCUCAUUCCCCCAAGUCUCACUGCCAGUCCCAGCUCCAGUCCCAGUCCCAGCUCCAGUCCCAGUCCCAGCUCCAGCUCCAGUCCCAGUCCCAGUCCCAGUCCCAGCUCCAGUCCCAGUCCUCUGUUGCUGAACAGGCAGAGAGGGAAGGAGACACAGAGACCCUGUUAGAACCCAAGACGGAUAUCCAUGAGUUGCUUCAGAAACAAGGUCUGUGUGGAAGUCUGAACUUCGAUGAAGCCAGUGAGCACGAGGAAGAUGUGGAGGAAGAGCGGACGCUUUCCCCCUCCUCUCAUACAGACACUACCAGGCCUGCCUCAGCUGCUAGUGGCAAGGACGCCUCAGACGUGGUAAUCCCUGGAUCACCCACAGCAGAAAACUUACUUGCAGAUGUGGCGAACCUGGAGGAUUUCGUGUUGCGCCCUGCACCCCAAGGUGUCACCGUUAAAUGUCGCAUCAGCCGAGACAAGAAGGGCAUGGACCGUGGCCUCUAUCCCACCUACUUCAUGCACAUGGAGAGAGAAGAUGGCAAGAAGGUGUUUUUGCUGGCAGGAAGAAAGAGAAAGAAGAGUAAAACCUCUAACUACCUUAUUUCAGUGGAUGCUACUGAUCUGUCCAGAGAGGGGGAGAGCUUCAUAGGUAAACUAAGGUCCAACCUCAUGGGCACCAAAUUCACAGUGUAUGACAGCGGCAUCAACCCCUGCAAAAACCCCGGGACUCUUCUGGAAGAGAGCAACACACGGCAGGAGCUGGCUGCCAUCUGCUAUGAAACCAACGUGCUGGGCUUCAAAGGACCUCGUAAAAUGACUGUAAUCAUCCCGAGCAUGAACAUGAACUUUGAAAGAGUUCCUGUAAGGCCUCAAAAUGAGCAGGAAAGCCUCCUGAACCGGUGGCAGAAUCAUUCCCUGGAAAACCUGAUUGAGCUGCACAACAAGGCCCCGGUGUGGAACGAUGACACCCAGUCGUACGUGUUAAAUUUCCACGGCCGUGUAACACAAGCUUCAGUGAAAAACUUCCAAAUAGUUCACGACAACGACCCCGACUACAUUGUCAUGCAGUUUGGUCGAGUGGCUGAAGACGUCUUCACACUGGACUACAACUAUCCCAUGUGUGCUCUUCAAGCGUUUGCCAUCGGCCUGUCCAGCUUUGACAGCAAGCUGGCCUGCGAGUAGAAGCGGGAGCACGUCGAACGAAGCUCGGCUCCAUCAGCUCGGCUCCAUCAGCUCGGCUCCAUCAGCUCACCUCCCCGCACGCAGUGAAGGACGAGUUGUACACAAAUGUGUUAUUUUAAAAGGGAAAAGUCAAACUUCUUGUUCUUACAACUACAAAAAAAGACGUCAUAUUUAUGACCUUAUUAGCAGAAAUGUGAUGUGUUUUAGUUUUUUGCCUUUUUGUUUUAGCUCAAAGCAUCAACCAGCUUGAACAUGGCCGUUACUCUGGCGCCAUCUGCAGGCCAAACUUUCCUUUUUCUCUUUUUUAAAAGCCGAGACAGAAAGAGCUUUUUUCUUCCAGUGAUCAGCUGCAGCGCUUUUUCUUGUAACUCGUUUACAUCUUCUUACAAACUGAAAUCAUUCUUUUAUGACCAUGUUGUGUGUCGUGUCCUUGAGUGGAAGGUGAAGUUUUAAAAGCUGCUUUUGUUUUGUUUUGUGAAUAAGUUUUUUUCUGUAAUUUUACUUUUGUCUUAGGAAGUUGGAUCAUCACAAAAAGGAACGCAUAAAUGCAGAAUUGCACAUUUUAAGAUAAAGAGUACACAUAAUGUAUAUAAAAUACAACGUAAUGUCUUAUUUUGGCCUGUUUGUACCAGUCUUUAAUCAAUGUGGAGUAUUAAAUAUCACUUCAGGACAUA